GAGAGAAGACAAGGUUUAUUCUAGUUAUCUGGAAUAAACGUAUUCAGGUUAUUGAAGAGAAAUGGGGCCUCUCCACUUGGUCUGAAGAUAAGUACUUUGCUUCUCUACUAGUGAAAACAAAUCAGCAGUGAGUAAACCAAAACUAAUGCUCAACAGUGGUGAGACAAAUGAAACUUCCUUUUGCUUUAAGCAAGUUGAAAUUCUUAUGUGACUCAGUUCUCAGAGAUUUGAGUUUUAUCGACAAGUAAAACUAAGUAGAUAGCAGAAAGAGGUUUGCUUAGUGCUGACAUCCUGCUUCAGCAUCCAACAUGAGAGAUUUGCCUAUAUAGCACAGUCUCUCCAGGUUUUCAGAAUAUUUUUUAUAGUCUAGGCAUUUGAGUCAGACUUCUAAAAUUUCACAUGCCACUUGAUACCUGGAGAGACAGUGGAAAGAUUUGCAAAAGAAGCUUCUGGGAUGAGGUUAUGUAUAUCACCAGUUUUUUAAAAUGCAGUAUUUUAGAUGGAAGCAUCUAUAUAAGAUCAACGUUUUUGUCCCAUUUAAAAAAAAUGUUUUUUUAAAUGGAGAAUCUGAAACAUGCACAAAAGAAAGGAUUAGUGUGCCCUUUAUUUUUGAAGCCUACAAAAGAGUGUGCAAAUAAUUAUCUCAUUUUUUAGUCCACAUUAUUGAGGUAUAAUGUACAUAAAAUGAGUGCAUCUGGGGCACUUAGGUGGCUCAGUCAGUUGAGCGCCCAACUUCGGCUCGGGUCAUGAUCUCGUGGUUCCGGAGUUCAAGCCCCACAUCAGGCUCUGUGCUGACAGCUCAGAGCCUGGAACCUGCUUCAGAUUCUUUCUCUCCCUCUCUCUCUGCCCCUCCCCAGUGCGUGUGCACUCUCUUUCUCUCUCUCUCUGUCUCAAAAAUAUACAUUAAAAAAUUUUUUUUAAAAAUGAGUGCAUCUGUCUUAAGUAUAUAGUUUGAGUUUGGACAAAUGUAAACACAUAUGUAACCUCUUCUGCAUUCCAGACUGUAGAAAGUCUUUACCGUGCACAGAUUUCCUCAUGGCCACUUUAUAGUCUUUUGCCUCCAUAUCACUGAUCCUAGGCAUCCACUGAUGUGCUUUCUUCUUUUUUUUUUAACGUUUAUUCAUUUUUGAGACAGAGAGAGACAGAGCAUGAAUGGGGGAAGGUCAGAGAGAGAGGGAGACACAGAAUCUGAAACAGGCUCCAGGCUCUGAGCUGUCAGCACAGAGACUGACGCGGGGCUCGAACUCACUGCGAGAUCAUGACCUGAGCCGAAGUCGGAUGCCCAACCGACUGAGCCACCCAGGCGCCCCUGAUGUGCUUUCUUCAAUGUAGAUUAGAUCCCCCCCUUUCUAGAAUUUUGAAUGGUGACAUGCCAUGCCGUGCCAAUAUCCUGAUAACGGAGUUGUUUGAUACGGAACUGAUUGGAGAGGGAGCGCUGCCUUCCUAUGAACAUGCACACAGGCAUCUCGUGCAGGAAAACUGUGAGGCAGUGCCUCACAGAGCAACUGUCUAUGCUCAGCUGGUGGAGUCCAGGAGGAUGUGGUCGUGGAAUAAGCUCUUUCCUAUCCCCGUGCAUACCAGCUGUGGAGAGCAGGUCAUCGUCCCCCCCUUGGAACUGGAGAGGUGCCCUGGUGCACCCUCUGUCUAUGACAUUCAGCUGAACCAGGUGUCAUCCGCUGACUUCACUGUCCUCAGUGAUGUGCUGCCUAUGUUCAGUGUGGACUUCAGCAAGCAAGUCAGUAGCUCAGCAGCCUGCCACAGCCGGCAGUUUGAACCUCUGGCAUCUGGUCGAGCUCAGGUGGUUCUCUCUUGGUGGGACAUUGAAAUGGACCCUGAGGGGAAGAUUAAAUGCAGCAUGGCCCCCUUCUGGGCACACUCAGACCCAGAGGAGCUACAGUGGCGGGACCACUGGAUGCAGUGUGUGUACUUCCUGCCACGAGAAGAGCCUGUUGUCCAAGGCUCAAGCAUCUACCUGGUAGCGCACCAUGAUGACUAUUGUGUAUGGUACAGCCUCCAGAGGACCAGCCCUGAAAAGGACAGGAGAGUCUAUCCAGCACGCCCCGUGUGUGACUGCCAAGCUCACCUGCUCUGGAACCGGCCUCGGUUUGGAGAGAUCAACGAUCAGGACAGAACUGAUCAAUACAUCCAGGCUCUGCGGACAGUGCUGAAGCCAGACAGUGUCUGCCUGUGUGUCAGUGACGGCAGUCUGCUCUCCUUGUUGGCCCAUCACCUUGGGGCAGAGCAGGUAUUUACAGUAGAGAGCUCAGCAGCUUCUCAUAGACUGAUGAAAAAAAUUUUCAAGGCUAAUCACUUGGAAGAUAAAAUUAAUAUAAUAGAGAAACGGCCUGAAUUGUUAACAUCUGCAGACUUGGAGGGUAAAAAGAUCUCUCUCCUCCUGGGUGAACCAUUCUUCACUACCAGCCUGCUACCCUGGCACAACCUGUACUUCUGGUAUGUGCGGACUGCCGUGGACCAGCAUCUGGGGCCUGGUGCUGUGGUGAUGCCCCAGACUGCCUCGCUGCACACUGUGGUCGUGGAGUUCAGGGACCUAUGGCGGAUCCGGAGUCCCUGUGGUGACUGCGAAGGCUUUGACGUACACAUCAUGGAUGACAUGAUUAAGCGUGCCCUGGACUUCAGGGAGAGCAAGGAGGCCGAACCCCACCCGCUGUGGGAGUACCCAUGCCGCUGUCUGUCUGAGCCCCAGCAGAUCCUGACCUUUGAUUUUCGGCAGCCAGUACCCCCACACCUGAUCCAUGCUGAGGGCUCCAUUGAGCUGAGGAGGCCUGGGAGGAGCCAUGGGGCCGUCCUGUGGAUGGAAUACCACCUCACGCCGGACAGCACUGUCAGCACUGGCCUCCUGAAGUCUGCAGAGGACAAGGUAGUGCUGUGCACGGGGACUGUUGCUGGAACCCCCACUGCAAGCAGGCAGUGUACUUCUUCACCACGGCGGACCCCAGAGCGCCGCUGGGCGGCCCUCAGACUGUCAGUUACACCGUGGAUUUCCACCCCCACACUGGAGACAUCACCAUGGAUUUCUCACUCUCAGACACCCUGGACGAUGGGCAGUGACCCUCACCUGUUGAGAAAUAAAGUGGCCUGAGGGCUCUGGGCUCUGA